AUGAUGCACGAUGAAGAGAACCAAACCUAUAACCACAUAUCUGAGACUCCCGAAGAAUCAGAGUUGAAUAAAUCCACCCGCUGCCUCCUUCAAGAUCGGUCUUUAGUUGAGUGUGCUUGGUUGACAGACACUAUCCCUUCCUCGGGGCCCGACACUGACCAAUCAAAAGAUGUUCUUAACCAGCUUAAAGCCCCAAGCAUUUAUGAACGUCUAAUCCAAAUCGUAAGACAAACCAUUCGCUGGUCCCUUUUAUUAGUUUGCUUCUUCUACUUUGGCGUUCUUCUGGCCUCUUACGGUUACUUCCAGACACUCGGAUUCUUCCCUUUACUUGGUCUCUUCAUUGGGUUUGUUUUGACCACUAUUGUUUGGUUGGUUGCUACCACCACUGAUGGCAAUCACGAGGUAAACGACCCCUGCCGAGUAGUGGCUUGCUGCUUCUCAACUCUGCUCCUAGCCCGACCCGCUGAUUUGGUAGGCAAUUCAUGGCCUAUAUCUCUUUUUACACAUAUGAUUACCCCCAAUAAUCUCCUUCUUUUCACCGCAGCUGUCCAUCUCAUUGUCUUCAGUAUUGGAUUAGCUUAUGUCGACACAAACUUCCAACGAGUCCUAAACCUAUUCCCUGAUCUUAUCUUUAUAGCAGCCUUCUUGGACCGCAGUGUCAGCCGACCACCUCCCGAACAAGACAAAAAGCCUCCCCAGAACACCUUCCCAAUCUACACGUUCAUCACCGGGGUUGUUCUACUCCUUGUAACCGCGGUUAUUCUCUUACUGGUUAUUUAUAAAGUUGAUACCGACUUCAUCAACUACCUCCACAAACCCAUCAAACAACACAUGCAUGCACCCCACCACCACUAG